AUGUAUAAAAAGGAAAAAAAAAAAGUAGCCACGGUUAGGAUAGUUUAUGUAUGUGGUUUAAGAAUUCAACUAUUUUUUAUGGUUUUAUACGGGCAACUUGUCAUUGGGGCACCUGGUGCUGGAAAAUCAACCUACUGUAGUGGGUUAGCUGAGAUAUUUGAAGCAUUAAAACGACCAUAUAAAAUAAUUAACCUUGAUCCUGCUAAUGAUCUUUUACCUUUUAAGGCUGAUAUAGAUAUUGGUGAAUUAAUAACUGUUGAAGAAGCAAUGAAAGAAAAGCAUUUGGGACCAAAUGGAGCAUUAAUUUAUUGUAUAAAAUAUUUAUAUGCAAAUUUAGAAUGGUUAAAGAAAAAAUUUGAGGUACUUGAUCAUUACUUAAUUAUUGAUAUGCCAGGACAACUAGAAUUAUACGCCACUCAUGAUGAUGUUAAAAAUAUAGUGAGAGAAAUGGAAAAAUGGGGAUUAAGAUUAUGUGCCGUACAUUUAAGUGACAGUUUAUAUGCUACUGAUCCAAGUAAAUUUGUAUCAGUUUUAUGUUCUGCACUAGCAAUUAUGGUAAACUUAGAAAUGCCACAAAUUAAUGUAUUAUCAAAAGUUGAUUUGUUAAAAGAAGACGAUGAAGAUUUACCUUAUGCAUGGGAUUUCUUUGAACGUCUACCAGAUUUAAAAUAUUUAGCUGACCUUCUUGAUAAUAUUGGACCAUUAAAGAAAUAUGGAGAAUUGAAUCAAAAACUUUGUGAAAUUGUUCAAGAUUACGAUCUUGUUUGUUUCCAGUCACUUUCUGUAUCUUCUAAAGAAAAAAUGCUUAACUUAAUAAAACAGGUUGACAAAGCUAAUGGAUUCGCACUUUUGGAUGUUGAUGAUAUUAGAAAUUAUACAUUUACCUCUAAUGAUUAA